GUUGUGUCCGUGUACAUGUAUCUUUCUAGACGCCGCAUUAAUAACAUCUCGCAACUGUCAUUUCUCGUAAGGCAACCAUGUCGGAUCUUGUCUCAGUGGCUGCAAUCAAGGAUCUUCUGACAGAGUGUCCAAUAUGCACAGAACACUUUGAUGACUCAAUACGAAUUCCUCGUCGUAUGCCAUGCUGUGUCCAGUCCAUAUGUCAGCCCUGUCUGGAAACCUACAGUGGAGGCAAUACAACCAUAUACUGCCCCAUGUGUCGACACCAGCAUAACCUGCCUGGUGGAGUGAAAUCCCUGCCCAAAGAGACGGUCAUCCUGAAGACUCUGGACUAUCUCAAGAUGCAGAAAGGUCUUCAUCUUCCAUGUACAGACUGUCCGGACAGAAAACAGCUCAAGCCCAGUGUGACAACUGUGGGGUAUUUCUCUGUUCUAUCUGUCUGAAAGCCCACAGGAGGAAUGUAACAACAAAGACACACACAAUAGUUACCUUUGAUAAGAUGAAGGGGCGACCUGUGCAGAGUUUCCGUCGUCGACAUCAGUGUAGUCAACACCAGCAGCCUCUACAGUUCUAUUGCCACACUUGUACCAAGGUCGUCUGUGUGUCAUGCACUGUAGUAGAUCACGAUAAAGGGAAGGGACAUAAUGUUGUGUCUGUGGAUGAGGCACACCAAGAACUGUCGCAAUCCAUACAAGACGUUUUUGUGAAGAUGUAUGCGAAGUCAGAGAUACUGGACAAAGCAGAAGCAGAAUUAAUGAAGAAGCUGAAGAACAUUGAAAUGUCCAAGAGGGUUGCCACAGAUGAUAUCAACAACCUGACCAAUGAGCUGAAGCAAAGGAGGUCAGUCCUCUUAUCAGAUGUUGAACAUAAAUCUGCACAAAAUCUUCAACUGACAAAGGAUGCACUGGAGAAAACAAGAGAUUUGCAGUCUAGAGUAAAAUCUUCUAUUGAAUACACAAAACUAAUGAGAAGUAAAGCUGACACGAUAGAGGAUCUUCAAGUUAUGGAGUCUUCCCUUGUCCCCUUAAACACCAUGCUGGAAGAGACUUUACAAGAGGUAUCCUUUGUCAGGACUGGUGUGAACUUUGUCAAGGCAAAUAUACAUCAUCUUAGUGAUGGUAUCAAAGCAGCUGGAAUGGUCAGAUCAGUCACGUUCUCCCCAACAGACAGGCCGACAAUAGUGCCAGAUUCUGAAGCAUACAAUGCCAUCAUACUGGAUCCAGCAGAGUUACCGACAGUGAUGGAGAUGGACCGGAAGUUGUCUGAAGGGGAGAUAACAUGCCCUAUGCUGGAAUGGGACCCAGGAACAGCUUGGUGUGAUAUAAGCGUAUCUAGGCGGGUAGUCACCAACACUCCACCAACCACCCCUUCUCCUGAUACAGGAUGUCGGAUACAAGAACUCAGAUCAGUACUGGCGUCCAGUCCUCUGAUGGUCCGAAACAGCCCCGGUCAACAGUACAUCUAUCAACUUAACCUUUGGUUCUCUGUCAAAGAAACUAUACCAGACAGCUGUAUGAUACUAGAGACUGCUCUGACCCCCACCCCUGUAGAUUCUCCCUACCAUCAACACACUGGACUGAGUGUAAGUGUUGUUACAUGCCCCGACCACAAGCAGAAGCUGUGUCUCCGGGUUGCCUAUAAUAACACCCGCCUCAGACACACCCCACUCACCCAGAACAGAGUUGGCCAGUCUUCUGACCUACGACUGUGUUUUGUACUGGAUGGAGCUAACAACAAACUGUCAGUUAUCAAUGCUGCUGAUAACACAGUGUACACCACUGUUAAACAUGUAGAUUUUGACAGACCCAUGCGGGUCAUGAUGCAUGUUGGUGAUCCCGACUAUGCAGAUAUAACAGGAGAACUGAUAUCAGGCCACAACGUUACAGGAUCCUUCAAAGACUACAAUCGGUAGAAAAGUCUUCAUCAUCAGCAUGACACUCUGUAUGUACAACACACACGCUAAUGAACCCAGGCAGGACGUUGAUUGUCUGAAGGUCUCUGGUAUAUUCCACAAGAUCGCAGGAUGCAAAAAAUGGUAGUACUUACAGUAAUGAUUAAUGUUUUAGCAUUAGUGUUAAUUAGAAAGUCUGUCGCAAAAGAAUAAAACGAAAUAUGAACUGCGACACAUGACACGAAUGUCAAACUAUGCUCUGUAUACGUUA